AUGAUGGAACCCUUGACAUUUUUCUUUGAUGGAAUUGAUAAUGCGCCAGCGGAGGAAGUAUCUGACAGUGCCCCCGCAACCAGCACGUUCGAAGCGAAGGCAGUGGAUAUCCUCCGCCAGUAUCUUCAAAAUCAAGAUAGCUUAAGUCUGACCAGCGCAGCCCAAUCCAUUAUUAGCCUGCUUCCGGAGCCCAAAGAGCCACGAGGAUGGUCAGAAGAGCUCACGGCAUUUUGGGAGCUGUGUAUCAUCACGGCGGAACAGAUCCCUCACUACCACAUUUUGCAGAUGAAGCUGGCGCGGCUUGUUCUUGCCUUACGGCAUUCACCUAAGACUGCAUUCACCAUCUUUUGGGAUCACUCUAGGGAUAUCAAGUUUACGUCCGAAUUAAACCUCUUAAGAGAAACAAUUCGCGACCUUUACAACCCCGCUUUUUCAACUGAGGAUUCAGAGAAAAGUUCGAGCUACGAGGACGGUCAGCGCUGGGUCAACACAGUCGCUUUCUAUGCCCACAUGCAUGCUUUGAAUGGUGGCAUGUUAUCUACGUAUUGCGACUGGGUCAUGCGAGAUGCAUUCCUGUCCACACCGUCUACCGAAUAUGCCGCCCUAGAUUGUCAUGUGUCUGCAGCGGCACAGUGGAUAUUGUACACUGGGCAGAAUAUUCUGUCCAACAUUUUAGCCCCUCUAGAGGAGCAAGAGAGCCUGUUGGGAUCCAAAGAACCCUGGACAUUGGAUGAUUGGCAUCGCUGGAGAAUAGGUUUUGAGACAGCAGAACGAGAAGAACAUCUGCGGCAGGAGACAAGACAGCUGGCCAAAAGGUCUGCUAAUCUGAUGAAAACGCUCGAAGCCGUUAUGACAGGUGUCUAA